CUAUAGAGAUUGGCUUGUUUAUUCAAAAGAACUGGAUAGAGUUUUUUGCUUCAGCUGUAAAUUGUUUACAAAUGGGCAUCGGAAAGGUCAGUUGGCAAAUGAUGGGUUUAAUGAUUGCACACAUCUUUAUGGAAGACUUAGAGCAUGAAACAAGUUCUGAUCAUGUUUUGAAUAUGACUACCUGGUAUGAUCUCUGUAAUAACUUGGAAAAGGGUAGAGGUAUUGAUAAGGCUGCUCAACGACAACUUGAGAAAGAAAAAGAGCACUGGAGAAAAGUUCUCUUUAGAAUAGUGGCUAUUGUAAAAUUUCUAACCAAGCAUAGUAUAGCAUUUCGUGGCCAUAAUAGCAAACUGUAUGAUGAUAGCAAUGGAAAUUUCUUGAGUUUGAUUGAAAUGUUGGCUGAAUUUGAUCCAGUUAUUCAAGAGCAUGUUCGUCGUAUUACAAAUGAAGAAACUCAUGUCCAUUAUCUGGGACCUAGAAUUCAGAAUGAGUUGAUACACCUACUUGCUUCUGCUAUUAAGUCUGAAACUAUUAAGAAAAUAAAGAGUGCAAAGUAUUGCUCUAUCAUUCUUGUUUGUACCCCCGAUGCAAGCCACCAAGAACAAAUUUCUUUGAUCAUAAGAUAUAUGGAUUUAUCUUCAAAUGAUGUCAAAAUUGAAGAAUCAUUUAUGGGAUUUUUGGAUGUAAAUGAUACAACUGAGCAAGGUCUUUUUGAUGUCCUAGUAAGUGAAGUAAAGAGUCUUGGUCUUGAUAUAGAUGAUGUAAGAGGACAAGGCUAUGAUAAUGGGUCAAAUAUGAAAGGGAAAAAUCAAGAAAUACAAAAGAAACUCUUGGAUAUAAAUCCUAGAGCUUUCUAUUCUGCUUGUGGUUGCCAUAGCCUUAAUUUAACACUUUGUGAUAUGGCCAAGGCUUGUGCUAAAGACUUCUUUGGAAUAAUCCAACACAUCUACACAACUUUUGCUAAGUCAACUAAGAAAUGGCAGAUUUUGAAGGAUAACAUAUCAGGAUUGACUCUCAAGUCAGUGUCAGCUACACGUUGCGAUAGUCGUAUUGAAAGUGUUAAAGCUAUUAGAUUUCAAUGCGCAGACAUUCGAGAGGCUCUACUUCAGGUAUCCAAUAUUGAUAAUGAUCCUGGAUCAAGUAGCGAGGCUAAAGGUUUGGCAAAUAAUGAACUUGGAGAGUUUGAAUUUAUAGUGGCAAUAGUCAUUUGGUAUGAAGUAUUGUAUGCUGUUAAUUUUUGUGAGCAAACAUUUGCAAAGUACAGGGAAAUUGGUUUCUUUGAGGCAUUAGAGACAGCCAAAGGAAUUGCACUUGAGAUGGUUAUUGGUACAACAUUUCGUAAGAAACGAGUAAUUAAAAGAAAAGAACAAUUUGAUGAGAGCUCGGAUGAUACAAAUUUGGCUAGACAGUCUGCUAAAGAAUCAUUUAGAAUCAGCUAUUUUAUUCCUAUAGUUGAUCAGGCUAUUGCCUCACUUACAAGAAGAUUUGAACAAUAUCAAAGUUACCAGAAAAAAUUUGGUUUCUUAUUUACUUUUGAAGCAUUGAAAUCAUUGGAUACUAAGAGCUUGAAAUCAUCUUGUCAGAAUCUUGAGGAUGCCCUUACAAAAGAUGGAAAAUCUGAUAUUGAUGCUAGUGAACUGUAUGUGGAGUUGAUGUUCCUUCAAGAUUUCAUUCCUAAAGAUAAUAUGGGGCCAGUUGAAGUUCUGAAAUUUUUGAAGCGACAUGAUUGCUUUCCAAAUGCAAGUAUUGCAUAUAGAGUUUUGUUGACUAUUCAUGUAACUGUUGCAUCAGCGGAACGAAGCUUUUCAAAAUUGAAGCUAUUAAAGUCCUACUUGCAUUCUACAAUGACACAAGAAAGGCUCAACGAUUUGGCUAUGAUAGCAUCAUUGAAGAUUAUAUUUCAAAAAAUGCCCAAAGAAUGAAGUUCUUCAAGUGAAAAAUAGGUACGAAAAUUCUUGAAAUAUCUUAUUUAUAUGUUACUUAUUACUGUUGUUUGAUUUUACUAGACCAUUAGAGCCUCAUCUUAGCAUUUCGCACUGGCCCCCGAUUUGAUCGGGACGCCCCUGUCGCCGACACCACGACCGGCGGAAGAAGC